CUGCGAGCGCUCGUGGAGCGUGCACGUGUGUUGAGCACAACAAAAAAACAUGUUUACGAACUCCAGUGUUUACAAACGGUGAUUUCGUGACUAAAACCUUUACUAUGAAAUAGAAUACUAGUGUUUUUGUAUUGUGAACAACUUGCAAUGGCUCGGAUAAUUUGUUUUCUGCUGUUUGGUGCGUGUCUGGUGUCUGCGGCCCAGGAGGAGGCUGAAGGUGGCAAGUGCGAGAGGAUCAAACUGCCGCUGUGCCAGGACCUGGGAUACAAUUGGACUGCCAUGCCCAACCUGAUGGGGCAUAGGGACCAGAAGGAAGCUGAAGAAGCGAUGGUGGCAUUCGCGGACGUCCUGUCGAGCGGCUGCUCGCCGCACGCGCGCUUCCUGCUGUGCUCGGCGUUCGCGCCGCUGUGCUCCGAGCAAGUGUCGGGCUCCGUGAGCGCCUGCCGCGCGCUGUGCGAGGCCGUCAGCGCCGACUGCGGCGCGCGCCUGCCGCCCGGGGCGCUCGACUGCGCCGCCUUCCCGCGCCGCGCCGACAAGCGCCUGUGCAUGCGGCCGCCCAACGCCAGCGAGCCCGCGCCCGAGCCGCCGCCGCCGCGCUGGCCCUUCCGCGACCACGAGCCGCGCGACCACGCCUGCCCGCCGGCGCACGCGCGCGCGCCCGCCGGCGCCUGCUGGCCGGCCUGCGCGCAGCACGCCGCUUACGGCGCAGCCGACAAGCGCGCCGCCGAGAUCUGGAUGACCGCGCUGGCCUGGCUCUCGCUGCUCUCCACGUCCUUCGCGCUGCUCACGUUCUGCGCGGAGCCGGCGCGCUACCGCUACCCCGAGCGGCCCGUCGUGUGGACGGCCGCCUGCCACGCGGUCGUGGCGCUCGCGCACGUGACGCGCGGCUGGCUCGGCCCGCGGCUGGUCUCCUGCGCGGGCCCGACGCUCGCCGUGGACGGGCUCGCGUCGCCGACGUGCGUGGCGUUCUUCUCUCUGACGUACUACUUCACGCUGGCGGCGGACGCGUGGUUCGCGAACGCGUGCGUGGCGUGGUACCUGACGGCGGCCAGCGAGUGGUCGACGGAGGCGCUGGAGCGCGCGGCGGCGUACCUGCACGCGCUGGCGUGGGGCUGGGCGGGCGCGUGGACGGCGGCGGCGCUGGCGCUGCGGCGCGUGGCGGCGGACGAGCUGACGGGCACGUGCGGCGUGGCGGACGCGGCGGCGGCGGCGCUGGUGGGCGUGCCGCGCGGCGCGCUGCUGGCGGCGGCGGCGGCGCUGGCGGCGGGCGCGGGCCCGGGCGUGGUGCGCGUGCGGCGCGCGCUGGGCGGCCGGGGCGCGCGCCGCGUGGGCCGGCUGGCGGCGCGCGCGGCCGCCGCGGGCGCGCUGUACCUGACACUGGCGGGCGGCGCGACUGUCGCUCGCGUUUAUGAGGCGCGGCUGCGAGCGGCGCACUCGGGAAUCACGCUGCUGGCGGAGCUGGAAGCCGGCACCGAGAGUGGUCCGGUGACGAGCGCGUGGUCGGUGUGCCUGUGCCUGUGGUGCGGCGCGGCGGCGGGCGCGUGGGCGUGGUCGCGCAAGUCUGCGCGUGUGUGGGUGCGCGCGCUGUGCCCGCCGCGCAAGGCGCCGUGCUGUGCGCCGCCGCUGCUGCGCGCGCCGCUCCCGCCCUACAAGAGACCCUUGCACGUGUCGCGGGUGUGAUCCGCGCCGUGUUGUGUUGUGUCGUGUCGUGUCGUCUCAGACUGUGUUUAAAUUAAGCACCGUGUCCCUUGCCUUCUGUGAAGGCGCUCUCGUGUAAAUACUGUGUAAAUAAUGUAAAUUUCUAAUAUACUGUUGAUUUUUCUAUAA